UUCGAGUGCAUUCAUUUUCAUCACAUAGUCGCUGGAAACUACAAGAAGGAGGACGACAUGGCAAGGACAGAAUCCAUCAUAUUCGCUCUGCUCCUUGCAGCUGCCCCCACUGCUGCCAGCCAGCAGGACAAUAAUGAUGAACCCCAACUAACCACUACCACUAUUCAAAACACAGCCGCCGCAACAACUGUUGCUACUACAACCACCGCUACUGCUGCUCCUCCCGCUAAUGGCAAUUGCGCCCAACUAACUACUACCACUAUUGGAACCACAGCCGCCACAACAACAGCUACCACUACAGCCACAGCUACAACUGCUGCCACCACCAAUGCCGAGAACGCACAACUAAUUACUACCACUAUUCGAACCACGGACGCCGCAACAACUGCUGCCACGACAGCCACCGCUACAACUGCUUCAACCAUUGGUGAUGAUGACGCCCAACUAACUACUACCACUAUUGGAACCACAGCCGCCACAACAAAAGCUACCACUACAGCCACCGCUACAACUGCUGCCACCACCAAUGCCAAUGACGGCGAACUAACCACUACCACAAUUCGAACCACAGACGCCGCAACAACUGCUGCCACGACAGCCACCGCUACAACUGCUUCAACCCCUGGUGAUGAUGGACCCGAACAAACUACUUCAUCUAUUGGAACCACAGCCGCUGCAACAACAGCUACCACUAUAUCUACCGCUACAACUGCUGCCACCACCAAUGCCAAUGACGGCGAACUAACCACUACCACAAUUCAAACCACAGAUCCCUCAACAACUGCUGCCACGACAGGCACUCCUACAACUGCUUCAACCACUGGUGAUGAUGGACCCGAACAAACUACUUCCACUAUUGGAACCACAGCCACCACAACAACAGCUACCACUACAGCCACCGCUACAACUGCUGCCACCACCAAUGCCAAUGACGGCGAACUAACCACUACCACAAUUCGAACCACAGAUCCCGCAACAACUGCUGCCACGACAGUCACCGCUACAACAGCUUCAACCCCUGGUGAUGAUGGACCCGAACAACCUACUUCCACUAUUGGAACCACAGCCGCUGCAACAACAGCUACCACUACAUCUACCGCUACAACUGCUGCCACCACCAAUGCCAAUGACGGCGAACUAACCACUACCAAUGUUCCAACCACAUCCGUACCAACAACUGCUGUCACGACGGCCACUGCUACAACUGCUUUGACCACUGGUGAAAAUGAAGCCCAACUAACUACUACCACGAUUGGAACCACAGCCACUACAACAACAGCUACCACUACAUCCACCGCUACAACUGCUGCCACCACCAAUGGCAAUGCCGCCCAACUAACCACUACCAAUGCUGGAACCACAUCCGUCGCAACAACUGCUGCCACGACAGCCACAGCUACAACUGCUUUGACCACUGGUGAAAAUGAAGCCCAACUAACUACUACCACCAUUCAAACCACAGCCGCCACAACAACUGCUGCCACCACCAAUGCCGAUGACGCCCAACUAACCACCACCACUAUUCGAACCACAGACGCUGCAACAACUGCUGCUACGACAGCCACCCCUACAACAGCUUCAACCACUGGUGAUGAUGAAGCCCAACUAACUACUACCACUACUGGAACCACAGCCACCACAACGACAGCUACCACUACAUCCACCGCUACCCCUGCUGUCACCACCAGUGCCAAUGACGGCCAACUAACCACUACCAAUGUUCCAACCACGGACGCCGCAACAACUUCUGCCACGGCAGCCACUGCUACAACUGCUUUGACCACUGGUGAUGAUGAAGCCCAAAUAACUACUACCACUAUUGGAACUACAGCCGCCACAACAACAGCUACCACUACAUCCACUGCUACCACUGCUGCCACCACCAAUGCCGAUGACGCCCAACUAAGCACUACCAAUGUUCUAACCACAUCUGUCACAACAACUGCUACCACUACAUCCACACCUACAACUGAUGCCACCACCAAUGCCGAUGACGGCCAACUAACCACUACCAAUGUUCCAACUACAGACACUGCAACAACUGCUACCACGACAGCCACCGCUACAACUGCUUCAACCACAGGUGAUGAUGACGCUCAACUAACUACUACCACUUUUGGAACCACAGCCACCAUAACAAAAGCUACCACUACACCCACCGCUACAACUGCUGCCACCACCAAUGCCGGUGACGGCCAACUAACCACAACCAAUGUCCCUACCACAGACGCUGCAACAACUGCUGCCACGACAGUCACUGCUAUAACAGCUUCGACCACUGGUGGUGAUGAAGCCAACCUAACUACUUCCACUAUUGGAACCACAGCCACCACAACAACAGCUACCGCUACAUCCACCGCUACAACUGCUGCCACCACCAAUGCCAAUGACGCCGAACCAACCACUACCACAAUUCAAACCACAGAUCCCGCAACAACUGCUGCCACGACAGUCACCUCUACAACAGCUUCAACCGCUGGUGAUGAUGAAACCCAACUAACUACUACCACUAUAGGAACCACAGCCGCCACAACUGCAUCUACCGCUACAACUGCUGCCACCACCAAUGCCGAUGACGCCCAACUAACCACUACCAAUGUUCAAACCACAUCCGUCGCAACAACUGUUGCCACUGCUACAAUUGCUUCGACCACUGGUGAAAAUGAAGCCCUACUAACCACUACCACUAUUGGAACCACAGCCGCUGCAACAACAGCUACCACUACAUCCACCGCUACAACUGCUGCCACCACCAAAGCCGGUGACGCCCAAAUAACCACUACCAAUGUUCUAACCACAUCCGUCGCAACAACUGCUGCCACGACAGCCACUGCUACAACUGCUUCGACCACUGGUGAUGAUGAAGCCCAACUAACUACUACCACUACUGGAACCACAGCCACCACAACGACAGCUACCACUACAUCCAUCGCUACCACUGCUGCCACCACCGAUGCCAAUGACGGCCACCUAACCACUACCAAUGUUCCAACCACAGACGCCGCAACAACUUCUGCCACGACAGCCACUCCUACAACUGCUUUGACCACUGGUGAUGAUGAAGCCCAAAUAACUACUACCACUACUGGAACCACAGCCACCACAACGACAGCUACCACUACAUCCACCGCUACCACUGCUGCCACCACCAAUGCCAAUGACGGCCAACUAACCACUACCAAUGUUCCAACCACAGACGCCGCAACAACUUCUGCCACGACAGCCACUGCUACAACAGCUUCAACCACUGGUGAUGAUGAAGCCCAAAUAACUACUACCACUACUGGAACCACAGCCACCACAACGACAGCUACCACUACAUCCACCGCUACCACUGCUGCCACCACCAAUGCCAAUGACGGCCAACUAACCACUACCAAUGUUCUAACCACAGACGCUGCAACAACUGCUGUCACGACAGCCACUGCUACAACUGCUUUGACCACAGGUGAUGAUGAAGCCCAAAUAACUACUACCACUACUGGAACCACAGCCACCACAACGACAGCUACCACUACAUCCACCGCUACCACUGCUGCCACCACCAAUGCCAAUGACGGCCAACUAACCACUACCAAUGUUCCAACCACAGACGCCGCAACAACUUCUGCCACGACAGCCACUGCUACAACAGCUUCAACCACUGGUGAUGAUGAAGCCCAAAUAACUACUACCACUACUGGAACCACAGCCACCACAACGACAGCUACCACUACAUCCACCGCUACCACUGCUGCCACCACCGAUGCCAAUGACGGCCAACUAACCACUACCAAUGUUCCAACCACAGACGCCGCAACAACUGUUGCCACGACAUCCACUGCUACAACUGCUUUGACCACUGGUGAUGAUGAAGCCCAAAUAACUACUACCCCUACUGGAACCACAGCCACCACAACGACAGCCACCACUACAUCCACCGCUACCACUGCUGCCACCACCGAUGCCAAUGACGGCCAACUAACCACUACCAAUGUUCCAACCACAGACGCUGCAACAACUGCUGUCACGACAGCCACUGCUACAACUGCUUUGACCACAGGUGAUGAUGAAGCCCAAAUAACUACUACCACUACUGGAACCACAGCCACCACAACGACAGCUACCACUACAUCCACCGCUACCACUGCUGCCACCACCAAUGCCAAUGACGGCCAACUAACCACUACCAAUGUUCCAACCACAGACGCCGCAACAACUUCUGCCACGACAGCCACUGCUACAACAGCUUCAACCACUGGUGAUGAUGAAGCCCAAAUAACUACUACCACUACUGGAACCACAGCCACCACAACGACAGCUACCACUACAUCCACCGCUACCACUGCUGCCACCACCGAUGCCAAUGACGGCCAACUAACCACUACCAAUGUUCCAACCACAGACGCCGCAACAACUGUUGCCACGACAUCCACUGCUACAACUGCUUUGACCACUGGUGAUGAUGAAGCCCAAAUAACUACUACCCCUACUGGAACCACAGCCACCACAACGACAGCCACCACUACAUCCACCGCUACCACUGCUGCCACCACCGAUGCCAAUGACGGCCAACUAACCACUACCAAUGUUCCAACCACAGACGCUGCAACAACUGCUGUCACGACAGCCACUGCUACAACUGCUUUGACCACUGGUGAUGAUGAAGCCCAAAUAACUACUACCACUACUGGAACCACAGCCACCACAACGACAGCUACCACUACAUCCACCGCUACCACUGCUGCCACCACCAAUGCCAAUGACGGCCAACUAACCACUACCAAUGUUCCAACCACAGACGCCGCAACAACUUCUGCCACGACAGCCACUGCUACAACAGCUUCAACCACUGGUGAUGAUGAAGCCCAAAUAACUACUACCACUACUGGAACCACAGCCACCACAACGACAGCUACCACUACAUCCACCGCUACCACUGCUGCCACCACCAAUGCCAAUGACGGCCAACUAACCACUGCCAAUGUUCUAACCACAGACGCUGCAACAACUGCUGUCACGACAGCCACUGCUACAACUGCUUUGACCACUGGUGAUGAUGAAGCCCAAAUAACUACUACCACUACUGGAACCACAGCCACCACAACGACAGCUACCACUACAUCCACCGCUACCACUGCUGCCACCACCAAUGCCAAUGACGGCCAACUAACCACUACCAAUGUUCCAACCACAGACGCCGCAACAACUUCUGCCACGACAGCCACUGCUACAACAGCUUCAACCACUGGUGAUGAUGAAGCCCAAAUAACUACUACCACUACUGGAACCACAGCCACCACAACAACAGCUACCACUACAUCCACCGCUACAACUGCUGCCACCACCAAUGCCGAUGACGGCCAACUAACCACUACCAAUGUUCUAACCACAGACGCCGCAACAACUUCUGCCACGACAUCCACUGCUACAACAGCUUCGACCACUGGUGAAAAUGAAGCCCAACUAACUACUACCACGAUUGGAACCACAGCCACCACAACAACAGCUACCACUACAUCCACCGCCACAACUGCUGCCACCUCAGCAACUACAGCCAACACCACAACCGCCCUGAACAACUGUUGCCACUACUGCUGCCUCUACAACUGCUGCCACCACUGCAAGUACAGCCACAACAACAACUGCUGGCACCACUCCCAUCACCGCCACCAGAACAACCGCUGCCACCACUCCCACCGUAGCCACCACCACAAGUCCCGCCACCACUCCCACAACAGCCACUGCCACAACUGCCGCCACCAGUCCAACCACAGCUCCCGCAACCGCUGCAACGAAUGCCCCCACCACAACUGCUGGCACCACUGCCACAACUGCUGCAGGUACUCCCGCCACUUCUGCUGCUGCAGUUCCUGUGACCACUGCCACCCCAUUCCAGAAACUGCUACCACCACUGCAACCCCUACCACUACAGACGUUCCCACAACUGCUGCAUCCACUGCCACCUUGGAUGCUUCUCGGCCUGCGGUGGUCAUCUUGGUCGCCAUUUCCCUGACGUUGCCGCAGAUGCUGAUUGACUUUUCGUUGACAUCCAAGACAGGCACUCUAUUUGUGUUUUAGAGAGUAAAUAAAAUAUGUUCGGUCAUUGUUUGCACCAUUAAAAAAAAACGAUUUUCAGCCUGGAUUGAAAAUUGCUAACGUUGAAGCCUGUCUUACAUCUUCAAGAGUACUAUUCCAGAUUGUAGUAGCAUAAAACUGAAACCUAGCCUCACCAUAUUUGGUCCUGACUCUAGGGCACCGGCAGGAAACCACUCUCCUGAGAUUCUCAGAGCCAGAGACGGUUCAUAAGUCUCUAACAAGUCAGAGAUAUGCUUCGGCCAGGACCACGAAAAGACUCGUACACAAGGCGAGCUGUUUUUAAAGUCUAUUCUCUGAGCAACUGGAAGCCAGUGCAGUGACCUUAGCACUGGACUAAUAUGGUCGUAUUUCCUGGUUCCAGUCGGAACUGGAGCAGCAGCACUCUGAAUGCUUUACAGCUGUUUUAGAGAUCCCAGUGAGAAGGCCAUUGGAAUCAUCGAACCUGCUGGAAACAAUGGUUUGCCUGAUUUACACAAUAUUCCUCUGAUGUUUUUCAGGUGGUAAGAAACUAAAACUGAGACAUUUCCUG